GCAGUUACUUUCUGAUUGUUGCUACACUUGGCCACUCUAAUUCUUUUCCUGCCAAACUUCAACGGAGGAAGUCACGUGGUGUUUCUAAACCUAUUUUUGAUACUAAUUUCUUUGGAGAAUGAGUUCCCAGACGCAGAAAAAGAAUGCUUCCAAGGCCAAAUCGAAGGCGGGCCCACAGCCGUCGAAGAAAGCCCCGGCUAAGGUGACUCCUGUAGAAACCGCCACCCCAUCUGCGGCUCCGCCUUUGUCCUCUAAAAAGGUGGCCAAAGCUCCGGCCGUGGCACUAAAGAAUCUCGAUUUGGCCAUGAAAGAAUCGGCUAAGAAGGCCGCCGAAGCUGCUGACCAGAAGUUGGUCUCGAAGGCGAAGAAAGGCCAGAAUGCUUCACGCAAGAACUUGAUGCAAGUGCCGGAACCCGUUGCCCCUGAGGUGGACAAUAAGAAAAAGUCUGCGCCUCCUAAACGUGGCAAUGCGGAAAUACCCACGGUUGUCCCCGCCAAAAAGGCCGCCCUGGUGCAAGAAAAGCCCAAGGAACAAGCUGCCGCAGCACCAAAAGCCGAAAAUGUCGAGGUUCCAGCAGCCAAAGCUAAAAGUGUAAAAAAGAGCCUCGCCACUCCGGCAAAUCCGAAGCCCAAGCCGAAACGCACGAAGAAUGUUCUGCGUGGAAAAAGGCUGGCCAAAAAGAAGGCUUGGCAACGCUUUGUGAUCGACUGCGCAUGCGUGGCCGAGGAUAUGAUCCUGGACCUCGCCGACUUCGAGCAGUAUUUGAAGACCCACAUCAAGAUAAAGAACAAGCUCAACCAGCUGAAGGAUCAGGUCACUUUCGAGCGCACCAAGAACUUCUCGCUGAUCAUCCACUCCGGUGUGCACUUCUCCAAGCGCUACUUCAAGUAUCUGACCAAACGGUAUUUGAAGAAGGUCAGCCUGCGUGAUUGGUUGCGGGUAGUGUCCACGGCCAAGGACACCUUCGCCAUGACCUACUUUAAGAUUCAGGACAAGGACUUUGAUGACGACGACGACGACGUUGCCGACGACAAUGGCGGAAAAACCUUUGCCUAAAACAAAGAUCGCAUUUCGAAAACAUGUAUAUCCCAUGAAAGCUGUUCAAGUGUGUAGACUUCUUAAAUUUCUCAGUAUACUUCUGUUAAAUUUCCCACUUGAAGUUUCACUAGUUCUCAAUGUGGCUCAUACAAUUUUUGCUCAUUUGCUUCAACAUAUUCAACGAUGAAAUAUC